ACGUGGAGCUCUCCCUGCUUGGGUUCUGUUCCGCGUGGUGGGUGACUUGAUGGAACGGAACAGACUUGGGAACGACACUCGAAUCUCAACCGCCGCGGUUUUGAGUUCUUGAACCGGUGGAGAACACUACGAUCGUUAAACACUUAGCUAGCAACGUGUCUAUGUUAGUUGGAUAUACUUUUUUCAUGCGUCUAGUCAACGCACUGUCAGGAUUUGACCAUUCAUACAGUGCAUUAGACCUGUCAAGGGUCAACUUUUCGAGUGACAGUUGACAGUUUGCGCAUCGUUUAAAAAUAAUAACUUAAAAUCUCAGUGCUGACGUUUUGAAAGAGCCAAUAUGUCUGGGGACCUAGAGCAGAUUCUUUUACAGCUCACGCAGCCUGACAAUGCGAUCAUUCAGCAGGCCACGGCCCAAUUGAAGUUGGCUUUUAAAGACCCAGCCAUCAUCCCUGCAUUGUGUGCUGUAAUGACUGGAUCCCCGAACCCUGAGAGCCGCCAGUCAGCUGCAGUGAUGUUGCGGAUGCGAGUAAAGAAGCAUUGGAAGAAGAUUAGCCCUGAUCACAGAGAGAGUCUGAAAACAGUGGUUCUACAAGCUUUCCAGCAGGAGACAGAACACAAAGUGCGCCACUCCCUCUCCCAGCUCAGCGCGGUAAUGGUCAAGCAUGAAACACCGGACCGCUGGCCUGCUCUUUUCGCACUCCUUAACGAGUCCACCAACAGCGACAACCCAACGGACAGACAGGUGGGUCUACUCUUGCUCAGCAAAGUGGUGGAGUCCAACCCAGAGCCCUUCAAACCCCACUACCGCCAACUGCUCCAGCGGUUUGCAGUGAUCCUGCAAGACCUGAAUAACCCCACAGCCCUGUACUACUGUAUCCUAACCCUGACUGCUAUGACUUCCUACACUGGCUCAGAGGAGAUGAGCCUCAUGCGUCCUCUCGUCCCAAAACUGAUCACUGCUCUGAAACACCUCAUCCAGGCUGACCAGGGUCAGGCCAGUGAAUCCAUGGAGGUGUUGGAUGAGCUGUUGGAGAGCGAGGUGUCCAUCAUCGUCCCGCACAUCCCUGAUAUUGUGCACUUUUGCUUGGAGGUCAGUGCAGACACAACUCUGAGCGACUCCCUACGGGUGAAGGCUCUCUCCUGCAUCGCUAGUCUCAUCCGCCUCAAGAGCAAGGCCGUGUUAAAGCAGAAGCUCCUGAACCCCAUCCUGCAGACCGUGUUCCCUGUGCUAAGUGCAGAACCCCCCCCUGGGGAGCAAGACCCCGAGGACGAGGAGAACGGCAACGAGGACCACGCCGACAGCGAGAGUCCCAAGCACUUUGCCGCCCAGGUUAUUGACACCAUGGCCCUUCAUAUGCCCCCUGAGAAACUUUUCCAGCAGCUGAUGCCACUAACCGAGGCGUGUCUGGCCAGUGAGAACCCCUAUAAGAGGAAGGCUGGCCUGAUGUGUCUGGCCGUGCUGGCCGAGGGUUGCGCCGAUCACAUACGAACCAAGAUGCUGUCGUCCAUGCUGCAGACGGUCUGUCACAGUCUGUCGGACGGUAACCAGGUGGUCCGCAGCGCCAGCCUGUUCGCCCUGGGACAGUUCUCUGAGCAUCUGCAGCCUGAGGUCAGUAAGUACUGUGCCGAGCUGAUGCCUCUGCUGCUGGGCUACAUGUCGGCUUUGAACCAGGCCAAGAUCGGACACGUCACCAAGGCCUUCUACGCCCUGGAGAACUUCAUGGAAAACCUGGGCUCAGAGAUUGAACCGUACCUGCCCAACCUCAUGGAGACCAUGCUGUCUGCCCUAAACAACGCAGACAACUUGAAGCUCAAAGAGCUGGCUGUCAGUGCCAUAGGAGCCAUAGCCAAUGCAGCCAAAGAGAAGUUGGUGCCGUACUUCCCCCCUGUCAUUGAGAGUCUGAAGGGCUUCCUGGUUGACACCAGGGAUGAAAUGAGGUCCUUGCAGACACAGGCUCUGGAUACCCUGUCAGUGUUGGCACGCACCAUUGGCAAGGAAAUGUUCAGUCCCCUGGCUGCCGAGUGCGUUCAGCUAGGACUCAACCUCACCAACGCUGUCGAUGACCCCGACCUGCGCCGCUGCACGUACGGCCUUUUCUCUGCCGUGUCCACAGUGAGUCCAGGUUGUCUGGAGCCCCACCUCACAGCCAUCACCACCAUCAUGCUGCUUUCUCUCAAGUCCACUGAGGGAAUCAUGGCUCAUAUUGAGGAAGACAAGGCGUUUGUCUUGCUGGAUGACGACGACGACGAUGACGGUGAUGAUGAUGAGGAAGAGUUGGAUACCAUUCUGGAUGACAAGGGUAACCACGCUGUGGACCCGGAUGUCAACAUGUUCAGUGUAGAAAAUGCCUACAUGGACGAGAAGGAGGAUGCCUGCGAUGCGCUGGGAGAGAUUGCCUUCAACACCGGGGCCUCUUUCCAGCCCUUCCUGGAGUCUAGCUUUUCUCAGGUCUAUGAGCUGUGUAAUUUCCCCCACGAGGACGUGCGCAGGGCUGCCUUUGGGGCUAUGGGCCAGUUCUGCCGAGCGCAGCACAAAGUGUGGCAGGAGAAUCCCAGUGAGGCCAACCACCAGGCUUUGCACAAGCUGCUGGAGGUGGUGCUGCCCAGCUUCUUGGAGGCCGUGCGUACUGAGCGUGAGCGCCAGGUGGUGAUGGCGGUGCUGGAGGCCAUGAAUGGCGUGCUGAAGUCCUGCCAGGGGGAGGCGCUGCAGAGCCCCGAGCGCCUGAAAGAGAUCAGCCAGGCCAUCCGGGACGUGCUGAAGAAGAGGACGGUCUGUCAGGGUGAAGAAGGAGAUGAGGUGGAUGAUGACGAGCAGCAGGCUGAGUAUGAUGCCAUGCUACAGGAGUUUGCAGGGGAGGGGAUUCCGCUCCUGGCCUCGGCCGUCCCCGCGGACGUCUUCCUGCCCCAUCUCAACGAGCUGCUGCCUCUCAUCAUGAACAAAGCUAAGUCGUCCUGCACGGUGGCUGACCGCUCCUUCUCCGUCGGCACCCUCGGGGAGAUCCUGCAGUCUCUGGUCAAUGUGGCGGGGGGCAGGGCUGUGGCCGGCAGGCUGUCCAAUCGGCUGCUGCCUGUGCUGGUGGCCGGGGUGAGGGACAGCGACGCAGAGGUCCGCAACAACAGCGUUUUUGGACUGGGGGCUCUGGCACAGGCAGCCGGACCUCUCGUGGCACAAGACUACCCCAUGAUGCUGUCUCUGUUCUCCAACCUGCUGUCUAAAGAACAGGACCGCAGGGUGAUUGACAACCUGUGCGCUGCCCUCUGCAGAAUGAUUCUGAGCCACGUGGAGGGCGUCCCGCUGGAGCAGGUGUUCCCUGCCCUCAUGGCUCGCCUCCCUCUGAAGGAGGACCUGGAGGAGAAUAAGACGGUGUACAGUUGCCUGGCCAUGCUUUACUCCCAGAGCCCUGCAUUGGUGGUUAGUCAACUGGUGACAAUAUUAUCUGCUUCCUGCCACGUCCUGGGAUCGAAGGACCUAGAUACAGAAACCCAGAACACCCUGGUCAUGCUGCUUCGAGACAUCAGUCAGUGCCACUCACAGGAAUUUCAGGUUGCCAUUAGUUCACUCCCUGCUGAGCAGAAGACGACGCUGACCGCCGUUGUCAAUCAUUCAUAGCACACUACACCAGGUCUUCCACUACAGUCAAGGACAGAGAAACUUAAAAAAAUUAAAAAAAACUAUGGUUGGAAAAAUGGGACAGUAGUUGGGACUUUGAAAUUGGCACUUGAACCAUUCAACCGAAGUAUUCAAUUAUUAUUGAGGUUAUGUUCCAUGUAUUAACUUUUUAAUUUAUCUUGUCUGUGUGCUUUUUUAUUUUCCGAAAUGUUCCUUUUUGUAUGUCACCCGUUAUUUUUCAUUUUGAUUGGUCUGUUACCAUGUACCCUUCUCAUAUUCAAGAGCCUCUAUUUACUUCUGUCCCACUUUUCUUACAAAUUUGAUCAACUUCUGACUUGGCUAAUAUUGAGUGUGAAGCAAUGAACUGAACUUCUCAUAAAUGCCUCUUUUCAGUGUGA